GCAAUGGUGCACGAACUCAUAGGACUUCAGGAUAAUAAAGUGGACUUGAGAUUCAUUGGAAGUCUUCCAAAAGAUCAGCAAGAGGUGGUUUUAUUAUCGGAACAAGAUUCAUUCUUCAAAUCUAACAUGUAUUUGGGGAUAUUGGGAAUGAAUGACUUUCAGAAGGUGGCAAAGAGUAACCAAAAUAUCCACACAGUAGAGGACAUGGCCGCAAGGCAACGUGUCAAAGCAUGUAACCCUGGUUACUGAAAUGAGCAAGCUAGUUGAAGCAAGGAAACUGAUGCUGGCCAAGGAGCUGCAUAUGAGGGGGUUGAGAAUGUGUACACUCAACACCAUCCUCUUCUGUUUCAAACAGUGGAGAGCAUAACCAGAGGGAGAUUACGAGAUGUGGACUAACCUUUUACUGGAGAUCAUUUUCGGAUCUAACGCGAUGAUGAGGAAAUUGGAUGAAUCGGUGUUGCGAGUUGAGAGAAUCCAUGAAUUUGGCGAAGGUUACAAAAGUUACAGAUGUUGCGAAAGUUACGGAGGUUGCGAAGGUUAUGGAAGUCACGGAGUUUACAGAUAUGACGCGAGCAGGUUGCAGACUGCUUCGUCUCUGUCUUCCACGAUCAUUCCACCGUUGAGAAAUCGCUCAAAUCUGAAUCGAUUUUUACGAGCAAACGAAUGAGCGAACCUCCGGAGUCAGGAGUCUUCAAGUUUUCAUUCUCAGGUACAAGAUUCAUACCUGGAACAAAACCGGAGGAAUUUACCACUAGGUUAUCGAUCUGAGAAUGUUUUUGCUCUUGAUGAGAAUGUUCCGGAAAGUGUUACGCCUAUGUUUGACGGAACUAAUCCAGAUUCUUGGAUUGAGAAGUGGAGAGGUUCUUUCGCCUUUUUAGUGAUGAUGAGAGAAUGGGAUUGGUAUUUCUGUGUUUAAAAGGCCCUGCGUAUAGGUGGUUUGCUUGGGAGACAGAAAGAAGGAGAAUCACGGAUUGGAUUGGUUUUAAGUGCAGAGUAUUGGCUCGAUUUGGCCAUGUUCGGAGUUGUUCUUCAGUUGAAAUGUGUGUAGAAGAGGACUCAAGUUUUCGCAGUGGAGCUAUUCAUGGAAUAUUUGUAGAGAAGAAAAUAGCAUCACCAUUUGUGGAGGAAGUUGUUGUGAUGCAUUUGUCUAUGUUUGAUGGAGCUAAUCCAGAGAGUUGGAUUGUGCAAGCUGAUCGGUUCUUUGUUCAUUACGAAGAUGAUGCAAAACUUGACCUCAUUUUUCUGUACUUAAAAGGUGAUGCGUAUAAGUGGUUUUAUUGGAUGAUGCGCAGACAGAGAUUCAAGGAUUGGAGUGAUUUUAAGAAGCAAUUGCUAGCUCGUUUUGGUCCUGCUAUGUGCUUUUCUACAGUAGAUGUGAAUGUGAAGGAUGAAUCCACUGUGCUCAGUGAAGGUGUUCAUGAGACAGAAGUAGAGAAGCAUAGCACAAUGGUGGAAGAAGCUUCUUUAACCUCUGUUGCAAAAGUACACCAAAAAGAUUUGGUUUGUGAGAUUGUUCCCGAAACAGAUAUGGUGAAGCAGACAGUAACUGUGUAAGUGAAUUUGACAGAAGAAUCACCUUUUAGGAAUGUAGAUGUGUCUGCUGAUCUUGAAACUGAAGAGACAAAUAAUGCCAAAGAAAGAUUUAUUUCCUGAGACUGGUCAUGAGGAACAGCUAAGUGAGAAGACAGUAUUGACAGAGGAAGAGUUGAUUUUCUACGAAAACUCGUACAGAGAGCGUUGUGUCAGGGACAGUCGCAGGAGACAACAACUUCAAUGAGGGAGGUUGAUAGUGUUACUCAGAAUCAGUUGCUUCCGUUUCCUCAGGACGUUGGUAAUGCACUUGUACGGGUCAGCAACUUACACUAGCGCAAAUUUCGCGGUGGAACGAUGGUGCUGGUAACUUCUGUGCGUGAUUACAUCAACCGAAUGCUUCAAGAUAUCUCAGGCAUGAAGGUUCUCAUACUCGACUCCGAAACGGUUAGCAACGUGAGCAUUGUGUAUUCACAAUCAGAACUGCUUCAGAAAGAAGUGUUUCUCGUGGAGAUGAUAGAUUCAAUCUCCGUAUCGAAAGAAUCGAUGUCGCAUCUGAAAGCUGUUUAUUUCAUCCGCCCUACUUCAGAGAACGUUCAGAAGCUACGAUACCAGCUUGCCAAUCCUAGAUUUGGAGAACAUCAUUUGUUUUUCUCCAAUCUGUUGAAGGAUACACAGAUUCAUAUCUUGGCUGAUUCUGAUGAGCACGAGGCUGUACAGCAAGUUCAGGAAUUUUAUGCAGACUUUGUUGCUGGUGAUCCUUAUCAUCUCACAUUGAAUAUGGCAUCAAACCACCUAUAUAUGCUCCCAGCAGUUGUCGAUCCCUCUGGCUUGCAACGCUACUCGGAUCGGGUUGUUGAUGGAAUUGCGGCAGUGUUUCUGGCGUUGAAACGUAGACCUGUCAUCAGAUACCAGAGGACCUCUGAUACUGCAAAAAGGAUUGCACACGAAACAGCUAAAUUGAUGUAUCAGCAUGAAAGCGGUCUUUUCGAUUUUAGACGGACUGAAAGCUCUCCGUUGCUGCUUGUAAUUGACAAAAGAGAUGACCCGGUUACCCCAUUGCUUAAUCAGUGGACAUAUCAGGCAAUGGUGCACGAACUCAUAGGACUUGAGGAUAAUAAAGUUGACGUGAGAGCCAUUGGAAGUCUUUCAAAAGAUCAGCAAGUUGAGGUGGUUUUAUCAUCAGAACAAGAUGCAUUCUUCAAAGCUAACAUGUAUGAAAAUUUUGGGGAUAUCGGAAUGAACAUCAAGCGAAUGGUCGAUGACUUUCAGCAGGUGGCCAAGAGUAACAAAAAUAUCCAGACAGUAGGUAAAUAUAUGAGGACAUGGCCAGAUUUGUUGACAGCUACCCUGAGUACAAAAAAAAUGCAAGGCGACGUGUCAAAGCAUGUAACCCUGGUUACUGAAAUGAGCAAGCUAGUUGAAGCAAGGAAACUGAUGCUGGUUUCACAAACAGAGCAGGACUUGGCUUGCAAUGGUGGCCAAGGAGCUGCAUAUGAGGCAGUUACGGAUCUCUUAAAUAACGAAAGUGUGUCUGACAUUGACCGGCUACGUUUGGUAAUGCUGUAUGCUCUGCGCUAUGAGAAAGAGAAUCCCGUUCAGUUGAUGCAACUUUUCAACAAAUUGGCUUCACGGUCUCCCAAGUACAAACCCGGGCUUGUUCAGUUUCUAUUGAAGCAAGCCGGUGUGGAAAAGUGUACUGGUGAUCUAUUUGGAAACAGAGACCUUAUGAAUUUAGCACGCAACAUGGCUCGUGGAAUUAAGGGGGUUGAGAAUGUAUACACUCAACAUCAGCCUCUUCUGUUUCAAACGAUGGAGAGCAUAACCAGAGGGAGACUACGAGAUGUGGACUACCCUUUUGUUGGAGAUCAUUUUCAACAGGGACGGCCACAAGAGGUGGUGAUAUUCAUGGUUGGUGGAACGACGUACGAGGAAUCGCGCUCCGUUGCUCUACAAAACGCCACCAACUCAGGCAUUCGGUUUAUUUUUGGCGGCACCGCAUUGCUCAAUUCCAAAAGCAUAAACACAGUAUACUACAUGGCGGCUUUUGCCACCAUGAUCCUUGCGAUACCAGUAUUACUACGGGAAGGCAACGGGAUUAUGAGCUGGUUUGAAGCACAUCCGUCUCCGUGGUCAGCCGUCAUCAUCAUCUUCAGUUCUGGUGUGUUAGCCUUCUGUCUCAACUUCUCCAUCUUCCAUGUCAUUCUCUCCACAACUGCAGUCACAUUCAAGGUAGCUGGAAACCUCAAGGUUGUGGUGGCUGUAUUGGUAUCAUUGUUGAUAUUCCGCAACCCAAUAUCGUAUAUGAAUGCUGUUGGAUGUGGGAUCACGCUUGUGGGCUGCACAUUCUAUGGAUACGUGAGGCAUAUGCUUUCACCUGGAACUCCUAGGACUCCUCGUACACCAAGAAACAAGAUGGAGUUGCUUCCUCUUGUUAAUAAUGAUAAACUCGUAGGCAAAGUCUACUCAGUAUUCACUAUUCACUGCUACGUUACCAGCAGUCCAAUCCUUGAUUCGGAGAACACCAUUUGUUUUUCUCCAAUCUGUUGAAGGAUACUCUCUGAUGAGCACGAGGCUGUACAACAAGUUCAGGGGGUUGAGAAUGUACACUCAACACCAGCCUCUUCUGUUUCAAACAAUGGAGAGCAUAACCAGAGGGAGUUUACGAGAUGUGGACUAACCUUUUGUUGGAGAUUAUUUUCAACAUUUUCAACAGGGACGGCCACAAGAGGUGGUGAUAUUCAUGGUUGGUGGAACAACGCACGAGGAAUCACGCUCUGUUGCUCUU